AUGUCUAGGGUUGGUGUUCUAGCACUUGGUCCUGCCGGUGUGGGAAAGACCACGUUUUGCAACUCCAUAAUAUCCCAUAUGCAAUCGAUAGGCAGAAGGGCUCACAUAGUUAACUUGGAUCCCGCUGCUGAUCCUAAGGAGUACGAAUUCACCAUUGACAUUAGGGACUUGAUCUCUCUGCAAGACGUUCAGGAAGAACUUGGACUUGGUCCUAACGGUGCACUGAUAUACUGCUUCGAGUUCUUGUUGGACAACUUGGACUGGCUGGAUGAACAAGUUGGAGAUUAUAACGACGAAUAUCUGAUUUUCGACUGUCCUGGUCAGAUAGAACUGUACAAUCACGUGCCUGUUUUACCAGUGAUUGUUAAGCAUUUGCAACAACAGCUGAAUUUUUCACUUUGCGCCACCUACCUGUUGGAAGCUCCUUUCAUAAUUGACAGAUCCAAAUUUUUCAGCGGAGCUCUAUCAGCCAUGAGUGCGAUGAUCUUGCUGGAGCUUCCGCACAUCAAUAUAUUAUCGAAGAUCGAUCUGGUGAAAGACUCCGUUUCCAAGAGAGAACUCAAGAGGUUCUUGAACCCAGACCCUUUGAUACUGGCAGACAAAAGCAAUGAUGACGACUUCAUAGACAUAAAUCCAAGGUUCAGGAAGCUCAAUAAGGCGAUUGCCAAUCUGGUGGACGAGUUUGGAAUGGUGCAGUUCUUGCCGUUGGACUGUAGUAGCAAGGAUACCUCUGAUUCUGUGGCCACUAUUCUUAGUUACAUAGAUGAUGUGACCCAAUGGUCGGAAGCACAGGAACCAAAGGAACCAAAGGAUGAGGCUGAAGAGGAAGAUUUCGAGCAAGAUUACUAA